AUGUUCCAUCCAGAAGUGAAAUUACGGCAUUUAUUUGCAAUAAUCCUUCUUUUUUGUGAACCAACGCAUCCUGAUAAACUCUGGCAUAAAUACAAACAUGCGUUUACUGAUGAUGUAUUAUCACAUUUACGUAAAUUUAAUAAUAAUCCUCAUGCUUUAUUUUCUGAUGCAGAAAUCGAAGAUUUUGCAUUAUGCUAUAUACAAAAACUGAAUUAUGAUGCCUCUAUACUUAAACAAAUUGCUGAAACUUAUGAGUCUAACCUAAACCAAGAUCAGCUUGCUAUAUUUUCUGUAGUCGCUGAAGCUAUUAAAAAUAACCAUCACAACUGUAUUUUUGUAGAUGGUCCUAGUGGUUCUGGAAAAACAUAUUUAUAUGCCACCCUUCUUGCAUGGGUAAGAGGACAAGGUCUUAUUGCAUUAGCAGUAGCUUCAUCAGGCAUCGCAGCCUUACUUUUAGAUGGAGGUCAGACAGCCCAUUCUCGGCUAAAAAUCCCUAUUG